AUGAAAUUAGCAAUAUUGCCUGAUCCCAUACAUCGCUAAUAUUUUGCAAAUCAUGUGAACUCACUUAAAUAGAUUAAGAGUAGAAAGAACAAGGUGGAAGAGGAUUCUUUGGGUGUGAUCCGUUAAUGUAACUUAUAGGAUAUAUGUAGUAUCGACAAUUAAGAAAAUUAAGGAUCAAGUGUCAGCCUUUGAAGCCAUUGAGGAGAACAAGAGCAUUGCUUAUAACAAUUAAAAAAUAUAAUAAGCAAUAAUGAAAAUAAGCAAUGCAAAGCAUAGUUUACCAAAAUUAUAUAUAAAACGUAAGGAAAAGACUGAGAUCUCAGAUGAAAUCGCAAAAGAAAAUAAAAGACUCAAAAGAAGCAUAGAAAAUGUACAGAACAGUUUGACAUACAGAACAAAGCAUCAGAACAUAAGAAAGUCUUAUCAACAAGUACUGAACGAAUAUUGUUAAUCGAGAUUGCAGUAAUAAAAUGAAUAAUUAUAAUAAUGAUUCCGAAAUAGUUCAUUCUUCUAUUGGCCCUUUGCCUGUCCGUCGUAGUACCCUAAAUCUCAGUUUAGUAAGGGAAUAUGACUUGUCUUCUGAAUCAUUUGAAAAAGGAAUCGAGAUUAUGUCUAAGAAUCUAUAACUGAAUGAACUGGCUAGUCGAAUCUACAUGUAGGAUAUUCUCCGAGAAUUUGGGUAAACACAACCAUUAUUAAUAUAGCUAUUUCAAAGCAUUGGAGCAGCAGGCAGAGUAUUUUGAUUACAUUGAAGAAACCAUUAAUAGCUUGGAAUAUAAACAAGUGAAGAAGGGGAACAUUGUAUUUCAUUGCGGAGAAAGAGGGGACUAUUUCUAUUUGAUUUUGAAAGGGACAGUGUUAGUAUAUGUUCCAAAAAAGUAAGAUUUGUUAAUUUUAUAUUUUAAAGAGAAGAUGAAGUUUAGAAAUAAAAACAAAUAAUGACACAAAUGAAUCAAAUAAAGGAAGAUAUGACAAAUAACACUAAGAAGAAGGACGAUGUGAAGUAAUUGUAAAAGCAAUUGUAAGAUCUAUAGAAUCAAUUAAAGGAAUUCUAAAACAUGGAAGAUAUUCUCUUAUUUCCUUUUAAAAGUCGUUAUUACUAGAAACUCCCCAAUGGUUAAAUGAUUUGUCUGUAUAAAAAGGUGAAUACAAUGAAGGAUGGCGAUUGCUUUGGAGAGGUAUCUUUGUUCAGAAACGAACCUAGAGCAGCCACUUUAAUUGCCUUAGAUACUUUGCAUUUGGGAGCUUUGAACAAGUCUAACUAUUUAAGGAUUUUUGAAUCAAAGUUAGAGAAAUUGAAUUUCACUUUGGGAAUGCUUAGUAAGAUGUUUCCAUAAUCAUCCAAAGAGGUUGUAAUUUAAUUAAGCUUUGAUUUUCAAAGAAAAUUAUUCUCCAUAAACCAAACGAUAUUUAAAUAAGGAGAUGUAGUCGAUGGUUUAUAUUUGAUAUUUCAAGGCAUAGUUGAAAUAAGUUCCGAUAAUGUGAGAGUCAAUUAAUUUAGUGAAUGCCAAUUUGUUGGAUUGUUUGAUCUAAAAAAUCCUGGCUUGAGACAAUACACUGCUACUUCAGUGUCAUAUGAAACUAUCAUUUAUUUCCUCCCAAAGAAAUAAUGUUCUGGACUAGACAGGUUUAUGAGAGAAAGGAUCAAUGAUUAUAGGAUCAGUAGUGAUGGAUUUAGAUAGGAUUGGGUCAAGAAAUGUCACAAGAUGAUUGCUAAAUAACAACAAGAAAGCAAUAAGUAGAUUUUAAGAGAUAUCAACACAAAGGAUAUAUUGUAAAAGUGUAUUACUUAGAGAGAGUCAAAGACAACUUCAAAUACAAUUAGUAAGGAUAGAAUCAAUUAAAUUGUUGAGUACAAUAAUCAUCAAUGUUCUUUAAAGGAGAAAUUAAAGAAUGUGAAAUUAUGUUUGCAAAUGAGAGACUUCGAUAAGGAAAAGGAAAUUGUAGAGAAAAUGAUGAAAUAACAAUAUACUUAAUUGCCAAGACUAAGAGAGAGACCUCGGAAUCUACUUGAAACCUACUCAAAUUUGAUGUCUAAGGUCUCAAGAUUUACUUAAAGUCCAACCUUCCAUUCUCCUAACAGUAGUGAUCAUAGCAUUAAGAAUAUACAUGUGGAGAAGAAAUUAUCUUAAAGAAUGAAAAAAAGUGAACAAAUAAUUAAUUAAAUUAUGGGAAUAUGA